AUCUCAACCCGACCCGGGCAACCUGUUUGUUUUCCAAGAAACCUGCCAGAUUGCCACAAUUAUUAGCCCUAGAAUGACUCGAAACAUCGCUUAAAAAUUUCUCCUCACUGAAUCCAUGGCGUCUGAAUCCGACUCCACGCAAGUCUCCAACGAAGUCCAAACUGAUGUUCUCUAUGCAGCUCGAUUAUCAUGCUAUAAGGCGCGCGACGAAUUCUAUGCAUGCUUGGAGAAAGAGUCUCGCAAGAAAGCCACUGAAAUUGCAACUGUUGGCCUGCUUUACCCGGUGGAGUGCAAAAAAUCCAGGGAUGAAUUUGUGAAGCAAUGCCGACCCAGCUGGGUGAAACACUUCGAUAGGCAGUACUGUGCCAAGAAGAGGGUUCACAGGCUGUUGGAUGAUGAUAAUGAGUCGAGGAGAGGUCCAUUGGUACUCCCACAGCCUUACACAUUUAAGCCCCCUAGUUCAAGCUAAUAUUCAAAGUAUGCAAUGUGGUUUUGCCGGAAUCAUAGUUUUUAUCAUUGACUACUGCUUUUGCCUGGGGCUAUUAUAAUACUCUGGUAAUAAUUCUGUACAUCACUUUGACAAUGUAGAACGUUAUUACUUUUACUAGAGGAUAUAUGAUAACAAAAUGAGAUGUUAUUUGUUUGUGCACUAUUGCAAGUAUCGUAUUCCCAGUUUGAGUUUGAGUGUAACUGUUGUUUGAAAAACUGCAUAAGUAGCCUCGUCGGCUUCAAUGAACUACUUAGCAGGGG